ACAGCAGUGGUCAAGUGGUAGGGAAAGUGCCUGGCCAUUUCACACCUGUCUUGGCACCCUCUCCCCAUCCCAGUGCAAUGCGACCUGUGACCCUGACCAUGACAGAUACUAAACCCAUCACUACAUCCACUGAAGGUGAGGCAGCUUCACCUACAGCAACCACCUACACAGCCUCAGGCACAUCUCAAGCCAAUCGAUAUGUGGGACUAAGCCCAAGAGACCCAUCCUUCCUACAUCAGCAACAGCUGAGGAUUUGUGACUGGACCAUGAAUCAAAACGGCAGGCAUUUAUACCCCAGUACCAGUGAGGAUACAUUGGGAAUUACUUGGCAAAGUACAAUCCCUUGUCCGUGGUGGUCUCCCUUUCUGCUUUAAGCCCAUCCUCCUGUAGACGUGUUUCCAGGUCACAAGCAGCACCUUGGGCAGGACUGGAAACGGCAGUGCUGUGGAGCUGGGCUACUGUAAUCAAA